CUUGCUUCCUCGCGCGCCGUCGGUGCUGACCUGCCGUGACACAGUUUUCCGACCAAAGCGUCGCAGAGACGGAACUUCGGUUAUUUUUAAGAGCCGGAGACUUUCUCAACUAAACCUUAAUUGCACUGCUGUAGGGAGCUGCCGGAUUGCACGCCCGGAGCAGCGCCGCCUGCCCUGGGUCACCUCGUGAGAGCCGCGGAGGAGCCCUGCCCGCCUCUUGGAUGCCUCGGCCUGCGCCGCGUGGUCGGCAAGACUGGGGGUUCCCGAGGCUGCGCGCCAACACUCCCUGCCGCUGCCCUUGUAUGUGUCCGUGGAACUUGGGGGCUCUUUGGAGCUGUCGUUUACGUGGAAGUUGUGAGCCGCUUUGAGCCGCUUAAAGGAGUAGACGCUGCUAGCAAUGAGCUCCCAAAGCCAUCCAGAUGGACUUUCUGGCCGAGACCAGCCCGUGGAGCUGCUAAACCCUGCCCGCGUGAACCACAUGCCCAGCACGGUGGAUGUGGCCUCCGCGCUGCCUCUGCAGGUCGCCCCCCCGGCGGUGCCCAUGGACCUCCGCCUGGACCACCAGUUCGCGCUGCCCGUGGCGGAGCCCACCCUCCGGGAGCAGCAGCUGCAGCAGGAGCUGCUGGCCCUCAAGCAGAAGCAGCAGCUCCAGAGGCAGAUCCUCAUCGCCGAGUUCCAGAGGCAGCACGAGCAGCUCUCCCGGCAGCACGAGGCCCAGCUGCACGAGCACAUAAAACAACAGCAGGAGCUGCUGGCCAUGAAGCAUCAGCAGGAGCUGCUCGAGCACCAGCGGAAGCUGGAGAGGCAUCGCCAGGAGCAGGAGCUGGAGAAGCAGCACCGGGAGCAGAAGCUUCAGCAGCUCAAGAACAAGGAGAAAGGCAAAGAGAGUGCGGUGGCCAGCACGGAAGUGAAGAUGAAGCUGCAGGAGUUUGUCCUCAAUAAAAAGAAGGCGCUGGCCCACCGGAACCUGAACCACUGCAUCUCCAGCGACCCUCGCUACUGGUACGGGAAAACACAGCACAGUUCGCUCGACCAGAGCUCCCCGCCCCAGAGCGGGGUGUCGGCCUCCUACAACCACCCGGUCCUGGGAAUGUACGACACCAAAGAUGACUUCCCGCUCAGAAAAACAGCUUCUGAACCCAAUCUGAAGUUACGGUCCAGGCUAAAGCAGAAGGUGGCCGAGAGACGGAGCAGCCCCCUGCUACGCAGAAAAGAUGGGCCAGUGGUCACCGCUCUGAAAAAGCGUCCGCUGGACGUCACAGACUCGGCGUGCAGCAGCGCCCCCGGCUCCGCUCCCAGCUCCCCCAACAACAGCUCCGGGAACGUCAGUGCGGAGAACGGGAUCACACCUGCCGUGGCGAGCAUCCCGGCCGAGACCGGCUUGGCGCACAGACUCGUGACUCGAGAAGGCUCCGUGGCCCCGCUCCCCCUGUACACGUCACCGUCCCUGCCCAACAUCACGCUGGGACUGCCCGCCACCGGCCCUUCCGCGGGGGCGGCCGGCCAGCAGGACGCCGAGAGACUCGCUCUCCCGGCCCUCCAGCAGCGGAUCCCCCUCUUCCCCGGCACCCACCUCACUCCCUACCUGAGCACGGCGCCCCUGGAGCGGGACGGCGGGGCUGCGCACAACCCCCUCCUGCAGCACAUGGUCUUACUGGAGCAGACGCCUGCGCAGACGCCCCUCGUCACAGGCCUGGGCGCGCUGCCCCUGCACGCGCAGCCUCUGGUGGGUGCGGACCGCGUGUCCCCGUCCAUGCACAAGCUGCGGCAGCACCGCCCGCUGGGGCGCACCCAGUCGGCGCCGCUGCCCCAGAACGCGCCGGCCCUGCAGCACCUGGUGAUCCAGCAGCAGCACCAGCAGUUCCUGGAGAAGCACAAGCAGCACUUCCAGCAGCAGCUGCACAUGAACAAGAUUAUCCCCAAGCAGAACGAGCCAGCCCGGCAGCCCGAGAGCCACCCCGAGGAGACGGAGGAGGAGCUUCGCGAGCACCAGGCCCUCCUGGAGGAGCCCUACCUGGACCGGCUGUCGGGGCAGAAGGAGGCGCACGCCCUGGCCGGGGUGCAGGUGAAGCAGGAGCCCAUCGAGAGCGACGACGAGGAGGCGGAGCCCCCGCGGGAGGUGGAGCCGGGCCAGCGCCAGCCCACGGAGCAGGAGCUGCUCUUCAGACAGCAAGCCCUCCUUCUGGAACAGCAGCGGAUCCACCAGCUGAGAAACUACCAGGCGUCCAUGGAGGCCGCUGGCAUCCCCGUGUCCUUUGGCGGCCACCGGCCUCUGUCGCGGGCGCAGUCCUCCCCGGCGUCUGCCACCUUCCCCAUGUCCGUGCAGGAGCCGCCCACCAAACCGAGGUUCACCACAGGCCUCGUGUACGACACCCUGAUGCUGAAGCACCAGUGUACCUGCGGGAACACCAACAGCCACCCCGAGCACGCCGGCAGGAUCCAGAGCAUCUGGUCUCGGCUGCAGGAGACGGGGCUCCGGGGCAAGUGUGAGUGCAUCCGCGGACGGAAGGCCACGCUGGAGGAGCUGCAGACCGUGCAUUCGGAGGCGCACACCCUGCUCUACGGCACAAACCCCCUCAACAGGCAGAAACUGGACAGUAAGAAACUUCUAGGCUCGCUAACGUCGGUGUUUGUCAGGCUGCCCUGCGGUGGUGUCGGGGUGGACAGCGACACCAUAUGGAACGAGGUGCACUCGUCGGGGGCGGCGCGCCUGGCCGUGGGCUGCGUGGUGGAGCUGGUCUUCAAGGUGGCCACCGGGGAGCUGAAGAACGGCUUUGCCGUGGUCCGCCCUCCAGGACAUCACGCGGAGGAGAGCACGCCCAUGGGCUUCUGCUACUUUAAUUCUGUGGCCAUCGCAGCCAAGCUUCUCCAGCAGCGGCUGGACGUGAGCAAGACCCUCAUAGUGGACUGGGACGUGCACCACGGAAAUGGGACCCAGCAGGCCUUCUACAACGACCCGAACGUCCUGUACAUCUCCCUUCACCGCUACGACGACGGCAACUUCUUCCCGGGCAGCGGGGCACCGGACGAGGUGGGCACAGGGCCAGGUGUGGGCUUCAACGUCAACAUGGCUUUCACUGGUGGCCUUGACCCCCCCAUGGGAGACGCGGAGUACCUGGCGGCCUUCAGGACCGUGGUCAUGCCCAUCGCGAACGAGUUUGCCCCAGACGUGGUGCUCGUGUCAUCAGGCUUUGACGCUGUGGAGGGCCACCCCACACCCCUCGGCGGCUACAACCUCUCCGCCAAAUGUUUCGGGUACCUGACGAAGCAGCUGAUGGGCUUGGCUGGCGGCCGGAUCGUUCUGGCCCUGGAGGGGGGCCACGACCUCACGGCCAUCUGCGACGCCUCGGAAGCAUGUGUUUCUGCUUUGCUGGGCAAUGAGCUUGAUCCUCUCCCAGAAAAGGUUUUACAGCAGAGACCCAACGCUAACGCUGUCCGGUCCAUGGAGAAAGUCAUUGAGAUCCACAGCCAGUACUGGCGAUCCCUGCCGCGCCUCUGCUCCACGGUGGGGCACUCUCUGGUAGAGGCCCAGAAGUGCGAGAACGAGGAAGCCGAGACUGUCACCGCCAUGGCCUCGCUGUCCGUGGGCGUGAAGCCCGCCGAGAAGAGACCCGACGAGGAGCCCAUGGAAGAGGAGCCGCCCCUGUAGCCGCCCGCCGAGCUGCGGGUCUCUUGUUUGUUUGUCCCCGUCUUGAAGCUCCGCCAAGAGCGGCUCCUGUUUGUGUGCGGCCCACCCGCAUCCGCGAGCGCGGCUGGAGCAGCAGCGGGAGGCCUCUGCCCGACGGGGCGGCCCAGCGCGGACCGGGACCCACGCCGGCCGAGCAGACGCACAGACACACGCGAGGCCGGGCUCUCGGCUCCCUCGACGGAGGCCGCGGAGGAAGGAAGCCUGUGGCGGCUCGCGGCAGAGCUGCCCACUUCGUGGCCACGAGGGAAGGAAAACGAGAAAUCAAAGAUCUAAUAAUACAAAACGGACUCGAUGAAAACUGGUGCUCACAGUUGAUUAUUACCCACAAUUCCACAGUCUCCGUGUAAACCACUCGACUCAUCCUGUAGCUUCUUUUUUUUGUUCGAGAGAACGUUUUCUGGGCCCCGGCCGCGACCGGGCGCCACAGCGGCGCGGCGGGGCCCACGGGGCCGCGGGGUCCGCGACGGGCGGGGGCCGGAGCUGGGCGCGCGUGCAAGGGGAAGACGGGACACACGCAGAAACGUGAGCCUGCGGGAACUGGCUUUGGUUUCUCGAAGCCAUCGGAAGAUGCGAGUUUGUGCCUUUUUUUUAUUGCUCUGAUGGAUUUUUGUGGCUGGGUUUUCUGACGUCUGAGGAACAAUGCCUUAAGAAAAAAUAAACAGCAGGAAUUGGUGGGACAGUUUCCUGUGGCUGCGCGCUGGCCCGGGGCGGGGGCGGGGGCGGGCUUGCUCCAGUGCUGUCUAAGAGGAACGGAGGUAGUUCCAGCAAAGUGGCAGAUACUGUUGGGGGUUUUGAAGUCCAACAAAUUUUAAACGAAUCCAAAGUGUUCUUUUUCUCGUACAUCCUAUAACAAUUGAGCAUCUCCAUUUGGUCGUGAAGCAUGUCCUAGGCACACUUCCAGUGUUAUGAUCGGAAUGCUUUUUAUUAAAAGCAAGUAGCAUGAAGUAUUGCUUAAAUUUUAGGUAUAAAUAAAUAUAUAUAUAUGUAUAAUAUAUAUUCCAAUGUAUUCCAAGCUAAGAAACUUGAUUCUUAUGAAAUCUUGAUAAAAUAUUUAUAAUGCAUUUAUAGAAAAAAAAAAAAGAAGUAUAUAUAUAUAUAUAUAUAAUAAAUACAGAUCGUAAAGGUCCCUGGCGAAUGAAUGACUUGUGAAUCAGACAUCAAGGUGCUUACGGAAAGGGAUCUCGUUUGAAACUCACGUAUUUUUGAACUCCGGAUUGGAUAGCUUUCAGAUCGCCAACACGUUCGCCACUGGGCAACUACCUGGCAGGUGUGUGCUCUCCUUCUGCUCCUUUCGGACAGGACCCCCCCCCCCCCGCUCCGAGCCUCCAUGCACAUAUGUACCUAAUGAGUUUUUAUAGCAAAGGAUAUAAAUUUGCUGUUGAUUUUUGUAUGAAUUUUUCACAAGGAGAUCCUGAAUAAGCAUUGUUUUGUGAACUUUUACACUUCUUUUUUUUUCUCUCGCCAUUUAGCAGUUUCCUGAAUGGUAAUAAUGUCUAAAACUUCUUUCUUUCUAAAUUCUUGCUUGUACAUUUUUAAAAAAAAAAAAACACACAACUUUUAAAGGGUUUUUUAUUAUUAUUAUUAUUAUUAUUAUUAUCAUUGUUGUUGUUUUCAUUUUCGUUUAUUUUUGUACAGCGAGCAGCGUUCUGCGGCGCACGGGACGGCCGUCAGCCUGUUUCCAGAAAGUUGAGCUCGCGCGGGAAGGGGGCCGAGCGGUCACGGCGGCUGCGUCCAGAGCAGGGGCUUUCCUUGGAGUAUUAGGAGGAGGCGGUGGGGAGGAUCGCAGGGCGCCCGCCUGACACCCGGGGCUCCGGCACCUGCGGGACUCCCGUCUAAACUUCCCUGACCACGUGGUCAGGAUACGCGUUUUCAAUUGUUUUCCAAAGACCUUUUACAGCAUGUCCGCACUGCAUGGGGCCCGAGCCAGGCCCACCCGUGCGCAGGGUUUUCCUGCCACGGCCGCACGGCCGGGAGCUGCACCCCCCCGGGUUUUUGGGCCUGAGCCCGCGGGGAGCCGGGGCCCUUGCCGCCUGGCGAGCUGCAGGGCCAGCCCCGGGUCCUGCCCGGCCAGCCGGUCUUCGUUCCUGCCCGCCCUGACGGUAACCGCCCGCCACUUUGUACUUGAAGCCACCAGUUUCAUUCCAAAGGGUGCCCAGGCCCGGUGCCCCCGCGGGAGCCAGCCCCGGCCCAGGUCCCCGAUCGGUCGCGUACCCAGGGUAGCUUCCGGAGGAGACCGAUGCGGCCGGGCUGUGGGCCAAACGAAUCCAGAUCCUUGGAUCGGCUGGGUCGGCGGCGGCUGGCGGUCAGGCCCAGGGCGGGAGCCCGAGAGCAGGCCGGCAAGGGUCUUGGGGCGCCUGGGGCCUCCUCCUCCCCCGUCCUCCCUCUUUGCUCCGCGGCCCACGUUGGCGGGAGCUGGGGUGCGGGGAGCCAGCUCGGCUGCCGGGGGGGUGCAGAGCGGCGGCAGGCCAGCCCCGGCCCCGACCCCGCAGCCCGUGGCUCUUAGGGAGGAAGCGGUCACGUCACGCUUUUCACCAUAGGCGGGCCGAGGGGUGGUCGGUGGGGGCGACCCCCGGCCGGGACGCUGGCGGCACGUGGAUUUGUCCGCGCACUCCAGCGCCACAGACGCGCUCGAAGCAUUACCGUGUAGCCUUUUCUUUUCUUUGACGACACACUCAGCCCUUCCCGGGGGCCGCCAGGGCCCACGGCGGUGUCGCGCCCCAGGGUCCGCCCGGCCCGCGUGGCGAGGGCACCUCCCGCCUCCCCUCUCCGGCCCCGGCACCUUUAGCCUUUUUCUUCUUUUGCAAAGGCCUCGGGGGCACCGGCCAGGGGUCAGCGAGCGAGCACUUUACGUCCCUUCGCGGGGAACCCCACGAUGCCGCCGGGCCGCGCGGCGCCCGCCCUUUCGGCUCCCGCCACGCCGUGCCCGAGCCCCACCAGCAGGCGGCCGCCCCCCACCCCCACCCCGGCUCCAAGGGCCUGGUCAGAGUGUUUCGGUUUUUCUCCACUUGUUUUAAAAGUCUGUUUCCAGAGGAAGGACCGUCGGGCGUGGCUCGGACACGAAGGCCACGCCGCCGGCGGAGUUUGUUGGUUUUACUUUUCGAUCAGAACAUUCCUUCUUUACUGGUCACAGCCAUGUGCUCAUUCCAUUCUUUUUGUAGACUUUCGGGCCCGUGCGUUUUAUGGGCAUUGAUACAUAUAUAAAUAUAUAUAUAUAAACAUAUAUGAAUAUAUUUUUUUAAGUUCCUACACCUGGAGGUUGCAUGGACUGUACGACCGGCAUGUCUUUAUAUUGUACACAGAUUUUUGCACGCCAGACUCGGCAGCUUUGGGGAAGAAGAAAAAAAAAAAUGCCUUUUUUUGCCCCCCCCCCACGACAUUUGCAGACACAAAAGAUGGAGAUUUUUCUGUAAAACGACACGAAACCUUGAAGGAGAGUGGGGAAGGGGGGAAACGUUUGCGUCUUACCGAACUCAUUCUUAAGAAAUUGUACUUUUUAUUGUAAGAGAACUAAAAAGGACUACUUACACCUUUGUCAUAUUAAGGAGAAAAGUUUAUCUAGCACUUGUGACAUACCAAUAAUAGAGUUUAUUGUAUUUAUGUGGAAACAGUGUUUUAGGGAAACGACACAGAAUUCGAAGCGAACUGCCUGUCUCUCUUCACUGACUCGGAGGCAUCUGUCUUGUUCCGUUUUCGUUUAUUCCCCUCGGUCUCGCACAGGGCGCGGCGGCCGGCGGCCCCCCUACCCCCGACGUGAGCCCGGCCGGCGGCCCCCCGGGAGCGCCCCCACGCACCGCCGCGCGGACUCUCGUGGCCCUUGGGUGCCGUGUGGCCAAGACUUGACCUCCCGCUGCGCAGCCGUGGACCGCGCGAGCCCCGCUCCGCCUCGACCGGAGGCCGCCCCUUCCCUGCGGCGGCGCGGCCCACCCGACGCGGAGCCUCCCGCGGGCAAGACAGAGGAGGCGGACGGUUUCUGUUUGUCCGGGUUCCGGGGGGGUGUGCUCCAUAGUGGAGGCGCUAUUUUCCAGUUUCUGAGACAUAUAUAUAAUAUAUACAAGGGGGCGCUGACCCCGUUCACCCAAGAGCUUCUCACGGGCGGGUCGCGACGCCGCGGCCACGCGGGGACGGCCGCCUGUUUCUUCUGUAACGUAACCCGUUCCCUUUGGUCGUCUGGACCUUCCAGCGGUUCUUUCUUUUGCUCCGCGGAGUUGGAGAUUUCGUUCUCGGUUUUCUCAUUUCUCGUUCUGUUCUGUGUGGGCGGGUCUCCCCCGACGACGGUGUCCUCCUCCGACGGCCGACUCCGCUCCACUUCACCCGGAGUCCAGCGUUUUGUACCUCAUCUGACAGCUUGUUGCUCUUGUGGUGUAAAUAAAACAGCAUCUCUGGUU